AUGCCGGCGGCUACUCGUCAGCCGGACAUCGCGUCUGCGUUCGAUGACCUCAAGCUUGAGGGCGAGGACGAAUCCUUUGAGGUCCAGGUGCCGGACUUUCACUUUGACUGGGGAGUCGUGACGGAUGAUCGGGCGGCCGCUGCGUCCGAAGCGGAGGAGAGGAAGGGAUCACACUUCUCAUCCAAUAGCGGGCGGACCGGACACGCAAAAGCGGGAAGUGGGGGAAUACAGGGGUCCGAGCGAUGGACGUCCCCGGCUCUCUCCAACGCUCUCAAUACCCCUCCUUCCGCGCGCGGGGGAUCACCAGCGUACUCCUCGGCGUCGUCUGCACAUAUCAUGGGCCUGACGGACGCGUCGACCGUCUCGGGCUCGAGCCUCGUCCCGACGCCACCAUACGCCCCGCUCGGGCGGGGAUAUAUGCCGCGCGCUUCUGGUGGGAGCGAGGGGGACGGGCGUUUCCAGCGUGUAGUGUCGGCGCCGGUAGCAAGGAUGUCGCCGGCCCCGCUUAUAGGGGAAAGGACGAGGGAGAUGGACGAAUCUCUCGCCUCCACGUCGACUUAUCGCCAACAUACAGCGACACUGCGGCCGACACUGGCUCAUUCGACCUCGUCCAACGCGGUCAAUGGCGAGCGGGAACCAGCGGCUUCGGGGCAGACGUACCAGACCCCAGGGCUGGCGGAGCGGACGUUGGGUCAUUCGACAGCGGCAUCGACGAGCCGGCGCGUGGGUGGAUUGUCGCGCUUUGGUGGGCCGGCCAGAAGAGUGAUCCCGCCCGUAGAGGAGCAAGAAGGCGUCAAUGGAACUCCCUAUGAGCGUAUCGGCACACUAGGCAAAGGCGGCUCGUCAAAAGUCUACUCGGUACUCUGCCACACCACUCGAGCGAUGUACGCCCUCAAGCGCGUAGCGCUCGAUCGGGCGGACGCCGAGGCGUAUCAGAGCUAUACGAACGAGAUUGAGCUGUUGAAGCGGUUAAGGGGACAUGAUCGGAUUAUCCGGCUCAUCGAUCAUCAGAUCUCGUUUGGGCCAGGGAAUCGGCCAAAGAUACUCAUGAUGGUCAUGGAGUGUGGAGAGAUAGAUUUUGCCGCUCUGCUAGAUGAUCAGCGGGGCAAACCGCUCAAUAUGAACUUUGUGGGGUUGUACUGGCAACAAAUGCUGGAAGCUGUCCAUGCGGUACAUCUGGAGAACGUCGUUCAUACCGAUCUGAAGCCGGCAAACUUUGUGUUGGUGCAGGGCAGGCUGAAGAUUAUUGAUUUUGGGAUAGCCAAGGCGGUUGCGAAUGAUACGGUCAACAUCCAGCGGGAUCAGCAGAUCGGGACGGUGAAUUACAUGUCGCCCGAAGCUAUACAACGGAUGAACAACCAGAAAGUCCUCAAGCUAUCAUACCCUAGCGACGUCUGGUCACUCGGCUGUAUCCUCUAUCAAAUGAUAUACGGCUCCCCUCCCUUCCAGCAUAUAGGUGGCGGCCCGUUACCCAAGAUGAACGCUAUCGCGAACGCUUCGCACAUUAUCGAUUUCCCCACGCACGCCGUACCCAAGCCUACGCCGGGGCGAGACGAGGGCGCAGCGGCAGAAUGGUCCAUCCGCGUCCUGCCGAGCGCGAUUGACGUGAUGGAGCGGUGUCUGAAGUAUAGGAAGGAGUUUAGAUUGACUAUUCCGGAAUUGCUAGAGCAUGAGUUCUUGAAGCCUAGGAUAGACGGUGAAGCAGGGUUACCUGCCGGCGCGACGAGUAUCACCCCGCAGCAGAUGGCGAUGCUGGUGAAGUUCAUAGUGGAGGUUCAUGGAAAGAAACCGUUACCAGAGGGGGAUACGACGGCAUCGGAUCUUUUUGAGCAACUGGCACAGCAAAACUCUCGGUCAGAGUGA